AUGAAUGAAUGUAUGCGUAGUAGUAGUAGUAGUAUUGGCUUGGCUUUGGCUUUGGUCUUGUUGAUUAAUGAAGUAACUUUACGUAUGGGUGAUGUUUGGAGUUUCCAAGUUUCUGGUAUGAUUUUGGUGGAUGUUCAUCUUUGGAUGGUUCUAUUUUGUUGGAGUGGAGAUAGUAGUAGUAUUUUAACAAAUUAUUGUUGUGAUGAUGGUAAAGAUCGAUUGAUGAGUACUGAGAUUAUUUAA